CAGCAUGGUACGCGAUCUGCUUGAUCUAGUCGAGCAGAAGCUUUUGGUAGUCGACAAAGAGACACGAGAGAACUCUGACAAGAUCGUGGACGCAUUGAAAGAAAUGCAAACGAAAAGCAAGCGUCAUGGGACAGCCUACACUUUCUAUGGCGCUCCUAGCCCAGGGCUUGGGCACAGCGUCAGAUUUGCGGGCAACACAGAGUCCCUUGAAGCGACAAAUGCUGCAACGAUGACGGCCGACAUCCCGACCAGUCGCACAGGGAAGUCUGCUAGCAGUGAACCUCUGGCCAAGGCCAUAGAGUUCAACAACCAAGAUGGACGCCCAGGCAAGCAAGGGCAGGGCACGUCACAGAACAACGAGCGUACGCCAUUGCUAGGCAAUGUCCCCGUACUAAGAAGGCAGAGUUCUCUAUCAGUCCAGUCCUUGGCACAACAGGUGUCUCUCACGGCGCAGUUGAGAAUUUGGCUUCAAAAUUAUCUGGGAACGUGCUGGGAAGCCAACAUGACUUAGGAAUUCUCGGCUAUUUUACCUUUUGCACCAGGAUUUCAUGGGAACAAGGAUACUUUGAUGGCGUUUGGGAUAGAUCACUUUUGCCUUCGAUUGUCAUACAGCUCUGGCGUAAAGAGGGAUUGUUCUAAUUCGAAGGUUUUACACUG